AUGGUUUAUAUGGAUUACGCUGGUGCCGGAAAGGCUUCGGUACAACAGAUGAAGGCUGUGGCCAACGACCUUACAGAUAUGAACCUUUCAAAUCCACACAGUAAACAUUUAUCUGGAAAAUUUACAUCGGCUGUGAUUGAUCAUAGUCUAAAAAAUUUGUUUAGAAUCUUGCAACAUUUCAAAGUCACUGCAGAUUCACAUGCUGUGAUAUUUACUUCUGGUGCAACAGAAUCCUUAAAACUUGUAGCAGAAACUUUCGACUUUGGCAAAAAACAUUUAAUUUUUCAAUUUUUUACUAACCAAACAUUUAUUGGUGGAGGAAUCUUUGUUUACAUGAGAGAUUCUCAUACCUCUGUUGCUGGAAUGAGAGAACUGAUUCGAAGCCGUUGUGAUACUGUCAGUGUUGUUGAUUUUGAAGACCUACAAGACCUGAAACCAGAUACAACUAACAGUCUGUUUGCAAUCACUGCAAUGAGCAAUUUUUGUGGUAGGAAGUAUGAUUUGAGAAAAAGUUUUGUGUGUCUUGAUGCUGCAGCUUGGACGCCUUCUUCAGUCCUAGAUUUGUCGAAAUACAAAGCUGACUUUACAGCCAUCUCAUUUUACAAGAUUUUUGGUUAUCCAACAGGCAUCGGUGCACUAAUCGUUCGGCAUGAUUCGAUGGAGCUGCUCAAAAAGAAUUAUUUUGGUGGUGGAACUGUACGGCUUAUGGUGCCUGAUGAUUUCAGUGUUUUUUAUAAAAACGAUUUCAGCGAAAGGUUGUUUGAAGAUGGAACAGUAAAUUAUUGGGGUAUUGCGGCUGUGGAACGUGGUUUUGAAGACUUGGAAGCUUACGGUGGGAUGUCAGAAAUUGAAAACAAAACUUAUCGCCUUAGUAGUGCUUUACGCAAACUACUGAAUCAAAAAUACGACAAUGGUUCCCCAGUUGCAAAGAUUUAUGAGCACAGCGGUGAUGCUUCUAGUGAAACUCAGGGUCCAAUAGUAACAUUUAAUCUAUUGCGAUCUGAUGGUACCUAUGUUGGAUAUGCAGAGGUUGAAAAAAUGUGCAGUUUAUAUGGUAUCGAGCUUCGGACAGGAUGUUUCUGUAAUCAAGGAGCUUGCCAAAAUUAUCUUCAAAUAUCACGUGAAGAGCAACUGAAGAACUUUCAAAGCGGUAAAGAAUGUGGCGAUCAACGAGAUUUGCAGAAUGGUAAACCACUUGGAGCCGUUCGAGCUUCUUUUGGAAGGCAGUCCACUGAUGAGGUGGUGCGCACAAUUGACUGCGGUGAUGAGGCUGCUAAGUGGAUAUCCAGGCUGACCAAAAGGGAUAACUGUCGCCUCCAACGAAAACUUGAGGAUCUCUCAGCGAGAACAUCUCCGUAUCUGCUUAUAAACAGAAAUUCAGUGGCUGAUGUAGCUUCCGUAGCUGGUCUGUCCACUGAAGAAGCAAUCGACAGAUUUCGAGCAAAUUUUGUAAUUGAUGGACUUGAAGCUUUUGCUGAAGACAGGAUAAGUCGUAUUCAAAUUGGGCAAACGUGGUUUACGGCUGUUGGAAAAUGCACUAGGUGUCAAAUAAUUUGCAUCGAUCCGACAACUGGUGAAAAAAAUCCAAGUAUGCUGCUUGCACUACGGGAUUAUCGAACAGAUACUAAAACAACAUUUGGCAUCUAUCUACAACAUGAUGUUGGCAGCGAAGGAAAAACUUUAGAAGUUGGUAUGCCGGUUGAAAUUGUUUGGCAGUCAGGAAAUUAG